CCCUCUGACCGGACUGGAUUGCAAACAUGCCCAUCUUGGAGAAAGAGACGGCCAGAGACCAAGGCAGCCAAGUGCUGCCCAAGGUCCCUGUUCCCCCGCUGAAGCAGACCCUCGACACGUACCUGAAGUGCGUCCAGCACCUGGUGAAGGAGGAGCAGUUCAAGAAAACAAAGGCCAUCGUGGAGAAGUUCGGCGCUCCUGGAGGCGUCGGAGAGGUUCUCCAGAAGAAGCUUGUAGAGAGGAGGGACAAGACGACCAACUGGGUGUACGACUACUGGCUGGAGGACAUGUACCUGAACAACAGGUUGGCGCUGCCCGUCAACUCCAGUCCCGUCAUGGUGUUUCCCAAGCAGACGUUCAGGGAUCAGAAGGAUGUCCUCAGAUUCGCUGCCCGUCUCAUCAGAGGAGUGCUGGAGUAUAAGGCCCUGGUUGACACGCGAGCGCUGCCAGUGGAAUUCACUCGAGGCCAGCUAGCCGGGACUCCUCAGUGCAUGGAGCAGUACUACCGCCUCUUCACCUCCUACCGCUACCCGGGCCUGAAGACAGACACGCUGAACGUCCACAUGAACGCAGCCUCCUCAGCGCCGGAGCACAUGAUCGUGGCGUGCAAGAACCAGUUUUUCGUGUUGGAUGUCGUCGCAAACAGCAAGCAGCUCAGUGAGACGGAGAUCUUAUCCCAGCUGGAGAAAAUCACGAAAAUGUCCGAAAACGCUGAAGAGAGACUCCCUCCGUUUGGCAUCCUGACAUCUGACGGGAGGACGGAAUGGGCACAGGCUCGAGAUGCACUAACAAAAGAUCAAACCAACAGGGACUCUCUGGCGCUGAUCGAGAGCUGUACAUGUGUGGUGUGUCUGGAUGAGCCCAGCGGCCUGGAGCCCAGCGACACCAACAGGGCCCUGCUGAUGCUGCACGGUGGCGGCCGUGACAAGAACGGUGCAAACCGCUGGUACGACAAAUCAAUGCAGUUUGUGGUAGGAAUGGACGGGAUAUGUGGAGUGGUGUGUGAGCAUUCGCCGUUCGAGGGAAUAGUUCUGGUUCAGUGCUCUGAAUUCUUGAUGAAGUAUAUAACAGGAAGUCCCUCCGAGACGGUUAAGUCCUCCACCUUCAGAGAACUUCCCCCUCCAAGAAGGCUGCUGUGGAAAUGCAACCCCAACAUCCAAGGAAACCUGUCAGCAUCUGGAGACAGACUCCAGAGGCUGGUGAACAAUCUCGACAUGGACGUGUUCAAAUUCAAAGUUUAUGGGAAAGAAUUUAUCAAGAAGCAGAAGAUGAGUCCAGACGCCUUCAUACAAGUCGCUUUACAGCUCGCAUUCUACAAAUGCAGUGGGAGGCUCGUCCCCACGUACGAGAGCGCCUCCAUUCGGCGUUUCCAAGAAGGUCGGGUAGACAACAUCCGCUCAGCCACCGCCGAGGCCCUGGCCUUUGUCAAGUCGAUGACAGACGAGAGGGUAACUUACACCGAUUCAGAAAAAAUGAAACGACUGAGGGAUGCAAUUAAUGCCCAGACGAAUUAUACAAUCGCAGCUAUUACAGGAAUGGCAAUAGACAAUCACCUCCUCGGGCUCCUGAGGGUCGCAAAGGACCUCAACAUGGAGAAGCCAGAGAUCUUCUGUGAUGAGACGUAUCUGGCCAGUAACCAGUUCAUCCUCUCAACCAGUCAGGUUCCCACCACAGUGGAGAUGUUCUGCUGCUACGGCCCGGUGGUGGCCAACGGCUACGGCGCCUGCUACAACCCGCAGUCGGACCACAUCGUGUUCUGCGUGUCCAGCUUCUGGGAGAACACGGAGACGAGCUCGGUGGUUUUCGUCAAAGCCCUGAACGAGGGCCUGCUGGAAAUCAGGGACCUGUGCAAUAGAAGCGGCGCUGCAGCCACCAAGCCGGCUGGGAGCAGCCAAGGGGCCGGGCAGCCUCACAAAUCAGGGAAGUGA